GCACAGCCAAGAUGUCGAAAGGUUUGUCGGGAAAAACGUCAUUCGAGUGCGACGCAUUUGUUGACAGGUUGAGAAGCAAUGGCACUGUUUCCAGCCUUUGCAGACUCUAGUUCUAGUGAGAAACAUCCAACACGCCAAGAGUUGGACUGGCUGAGCAACAAGAGCUUCUGCACAGAAGAUGCCCUAUCACUACAUCAGCGCACUUUACAGUCUGCACUCUCUCCUCAGCCUGCAUCCCACUCACCCAGGAGUCCGUUACAGCCAGGGUUGUCAGAGGAAAGUGGAACAGAUUCUCGGUCAACAAAGAAGAAGAAAAAGAAGAAAAAAAAGAAACAGAAAAAAAAGCACAAGAAAAAGAGGGAUUAUGAGGAGGAUGAAGAAGGGAAUACAAGUGACUCUGACUCAAGUCCUGAGAUAAGGGAAUCUACAGCCACUGAAAGGGAAGCAAGGCAGGACACUUGUGUUGUGCUCCCUGGCCGUGGUAUAUGGCUAGAUGAAGCACAGUCUGUGACAGAGGAGACAUUUCGAAUUGAUAAGAAAUCUGACCCUGCCAACUGGGAAUAUAAGUCACUGUACCGAGGAGACAUAGCACGCUACAAACGUAAAGGAAAUUCCUGUCUUGGCAUUAACCCAAAGAAGCAGCAAAUUAUUUGGCAGGAUACAUUAUCUAAGAAGAAACAGCCUCAGAGGAAAAUUGAGCGCUAUUUUACCAAGAGCACAGUGCAGCUUCUCAGAGCCAAAGCAGAUUUUGUGUCUUGUAAAGAAAGUGCAAGUCGGAAUGCAGGGGACUUUAUUCCCGUCUUGGAUCCUGAUAUGGAUGGUGUUGUUUCCUCCAGUGGCCCCAUUAGUUGGGUGAAUCCUUUGGGAGUUUAUGAUUCUUCUACAGCUCUGUGGUUGGAAGGAAAAGGGGGCCCAGAAUAUGAAACCAUACAGCCAGUACCCCGGGACAACAAUAUUUUAGCAAAGGUGGAGGAUUAUAAUAAGCGGCUCAGAGAAUGUCCGAGCGAUAUCCAGCUAUGGAUGGAGUUUGUCUCUUUCCAGGAUGAGCUGGUGAAGCAGCCUAGCAUGUAUUCUACUAGCAAAGGAGAGCUUGAAAGCCAUCGGACAUCUGUGAAGUUGCUACUGGAAAAGAAACUAGCCAUACUAGAGAGAUCCAUUGAGAGUAAUCUGGGCAGCACUGAAUUGAAGCUUGCAAAGCUAAAACUGUGUGAGGAAUUCUGGGAGGCACCUGCUCUUCUGAAGGAAUGGCAGAAACUGAUCUUCUUGUACCCAAAUGACUCGCAGCUGUGGCAGAAAUACCUACUCUUCUGCCAGGGGCAGUUUAGCACUUUCUCUGUGUCCAAGAUGAAUGGUGUUUAUGGCAAAUGCCUAAGCACCCUGGCAGCAGUUCAGGAUGGCAGUAUGCUUUCCCACAAUGCUCUGCCAGACACAGAUCGCCAAAUGUAUGAUAUUUUCCUGCAACAGUGCCAGUUUUUACGCCAGGCUGGACACACCGAGAAAGCAAUAUCUUUGUUCCAGGCCCUGACAGACUUCACAUUUUAUAAACCGGACACUGUUAAGCACAUGACAACCAAAGAGCAGGUUGACUUUUUUGAGCCUUUUUGGGACAGUGGGGAACCUCGUUUUGGUGAGAAAGGAGCAAAGGGAUGGAGCUCCUGGAUGCGUCAACAGGAGAGAGGGGGCUGGGUCACCAUUAACAACUUGGUGGGGGAUGAUGAAGAUGAAGCAGAUGAAGAGUUCAACAUAAAAGACAAAACCUGCCCCAGAUACAAGAUUUGGCUGGACAUUGAAUACUCACGGGAAGCCAGACACUGGUUGCCAUGGCAUCCAGACCCAACGAAAAAGCAGACAGAGGACGACUGUGAGGACCCAGAAAGGCAGGUGCUCUUUGAUGACAUUGGUCCAUCAAUGUUCAAGAUUGACAGCCCUCAACUGCAGUUCCAACUGUUACAGUCUUUCCUGCACUUUGUGGGGGUCCCCUGUGGGGCACACCUUUCCUUAUACUGCUUUUAUCUUUUUCUUGACGAGACCUCCAUCUUUGAUCAUGUUUCUCCAUAUGAAAGGCUGCUUACUUCAUUUGAAAUCCCUCUGUCUGGAAUCGGAACAGUUGGUCAUUUAGACACAAUAAGCAGAAGCAGACAGCAAAUAGGACACUUUAAAGAAGGUGAAACCUUCAUACAAAACAUCUUCCAGUCAGCUCUGUCACUUUUACAAGGAGAAGAGAAAAGGAAGCUCUCUGUCUGGUGGCUUCGGUAUGAAAUUUCGAAGGUUGUUUGGUGGCUGCAAGCAAAAAACAAGAAAAAGUUGAAAUCUCAGGGCAAGAGGAGUAAGCGAUUGGCAAAGGGUCUACUAAAGGAAUCAUCUAACAGAAACAGUCUGGCACUCUGGAAAGAAUAUGCCCUACUGGAAUGGCUUCUGGGCAAUAUUGAUGAUGCCCGAAAGGUGUUUGAUACAGCCAUAAGCUUAGCAGGAAGCAAAGGGUUAAAGGACCAGGAAUUAUGCAGUCUGUGCCUGCUGUAUUCAGAACUGGAAGGGAAGAUACUGGACAAUCCAGAGCAAAAUGCAGGGUCCCGUGCUGUUCAUAUACUAACCAGCCUUACAGAAAGCUCCCCUUACAUCCCCUAUAGUAGCCCUGAGCAUGCUGUUAGUAUUCUUAAAGCACGCAAGGUAUACGAACACGCUUUGCAGGACUGCCUGAUGCAAGAGCCACACUGGGGGCGUGUGAGCUUAUCUGGCUGCUUUGCACUUUUUCAGUAUCUUACGGUGAGUGUUGAUGCUGCUGUUGCAGUAUUAAGACAGGCUGCUGACUCACAGUUGAUUCCUGAAACACCGUACAAUAUUGAACGGAACUCCGACUGCCCCUUGCAAGCAAUCACAUUGAUGCACACAAAUCUGCUCAGGCACCAUUAUAAGGCCAGUGUCUAUCCUCUGAGGCCACUUAGAGAAACACUGAUGUCUGCCUUAAAGCUGUAUCCCACAAAUGUUUCUUUGUGGAAAUCCUACAUCAUGACAGAAAGUAAAUUACACAAUGCCAGCAAAGUGAGACGGUUUAUAGACAGCAUCAGGAGAGUGACAUCAGCUCUGGAACCAUGUCUGUUUGCCAUUAGGGCAGAGGAAGACAGAAGAAAACUGGUAGACUCUGUGCAACGGGCAGAACUAGGGGAGGUUCACUCCAUUUUCCCUGAAACUGGUUUGUCAAAUCGAAUCAAGGCCCUGUUUGAACAUGCUCUUCAAAGUGAAUAUGGUUCCAGAUGCCCUCUACUCUGGAGACAGUACUUGUACUUUAUGGUAUCUAUCAAGGAGAGAAGCAAAGGCCUGUUCUACAAAGCAAUACAGAGCUGCCCAUGGGCAAAGGCACUGUAUCUGGAUGCUGUAGAAUAUUUCCCAGAGCAGCUACAAGAGACCAUUGAUCUAAUGACUGAAAAGGAGUUGAGAGUACGAGUUCCCCUAGAGGAAUUGGAUCUUCUGCUGGAAGAUUAAACAAUGGAACGAUUGAAAUGUUUUUGUUUGGGUUACAUCUAUAAUGCAACAAACGUGUACAAUACAUUUUAUACAAUAUGUAUAUUUUUAAGAAAAAAAACAAUAAAAUGUGUCCACACCCUC